AAAAUCAUGCUUAUAAAAACCCUCUAGUAUGCCAACGACAUUAGAAAAGGGAAACCAACCAACAUGCCGAAAGUUUUAUUCAAUAGUUUGUUUCUUCCUUUUAUUAUCUUAUUAAUUUUCAAAGAGAUUCAAUGUACUCAAACAAAUCAGACGACAGAGCCACCGUUAAGAACUGCAAGGGAUACAAAUAGACCAGUAGUAUUAUCAACACCAGAACAAUGUUAUCGUCCUUGCGAUGGAGCACAACCACUUUAUUGUUAUUAUCAUUUCAGAUUGGAAUAUUACACAACAAUGGCAACUCCUUGUAAUGUCUGUCGAACGAAUAGUUUUGAAAGAUCAAAAAAUCAAUCGACUUGUGAGUGCAUCGUGGGAGAUGGCUUCGAGAAAACUAUUUUUUCUAUCAAUCGUCAAUUUCCUGGACCAUACAUACAGGUCUGUCAGCACGACAAGAUCAUAGUUGAUGUAGAAAAUGCUGCAGAGGGUACAGAUACCACGAUCCAUUGGCAUGGAAUUUUCCAAAAUUCUUAUCAAUAUUAUGAUGGAGUACCUCACAUAACUCAGUGUCCAAUUACAGCACCUAAUACGUUUAGAUAUCAAUUUGCUGUGGAUAAUGCUGGAACACAUUUUUAUCAUUCUCAUUCCGCGUUACUUCUAUUGGAUGGACAACAGGGACCUCUGAUAGUACGUUCGCCUAAAAGUCAGGAUCCUAAUGGACAUUUGUAUGACGAAGAUAUAUUUGAUCAUGUGAUCUUCUUGAGCGAUUGGAUGCAUCAAUUAGCUAUAGAACGUUUACCUGGAAAAUUUGCUAUGAAACCUGGUCAAACUCCUGAUAAUUUUCUUAUCAAUGGUCUAGGAGAUUAUACGGAUCCAAACACAGGACAAAGAACUAAUGUACAAUUGGCAUACUUCAAUGUAACUGCUGGUAGAAGAUACAGAUUCCGAAUGAUUAAUUCAUUCGGUACAGUUUGUCCGACUGAAUUCUUGAUCGAGAAGCAUAAGUUAACUGUAAUUGCAUCGGAUGGUGAAGAUUUGGAACCAGUUGUAGUGGAUAAAAUAGUUAGUGUUACAGGUGAACGUUAUGACUUUAUUCUGAAUGCUAAUCAAGGUAGUGGUUCAUAUUGGAUUCAAUUACGAGGUUUAGGCGAGUGUAUGGGAUUAAAAAUAGUUCAAUUUGCUGUACUCGUUUAUGGUAACAAAGCGAUCCUGCCAAGGACAUCUAGACCUACUUAUGAUAAUCCUAUAAAAGGGGUUGUUGAAUUGAAUUCAUUGAGUGGAGCAGAUUGUGGUAGUACUAGGUUAACGAAUAAUAUUUGUAUAAAUCAAUUAAAAUAUGCGGGAAAUACACCACAAGAGGAACAAAAAACAUAUCCAGAUCUUCGUUUAUACGUACCUUUCUCUUUCUUCACGUAUGACAAAAAGAUGUUUACUGUUAACUCUGCAAAUCCCUUCUUUAUUGCCGUUGAUAGAUCUUUAAUAACAAGUUUGGUCACCAAUAUCAGUUACACCGAACCAGAAUCACCUCCAAUAUCGCAAUAUGAAGGUUACGAACAGCUUUGUACUGCCGAUGAAGUAUCCACUUGUACGAAGCCAUGCUUUUGUACACAUGUUAUUAAUGUACCGAAGCAAACACUGAUUGAAAUUUUACUCUGCGAUGAAGGACCAUUCGAGUACCUAUAUCAUCCUUUCCAUCUACACGGUUAUAGUUUCGAAGUGAUGGCAAUAAAAGAGUUUAAUCGUACAACACCGACAGCAAAUGAACGUUACCAAUUUCUUCGAGAUUAUGACAGAGGUUUACAAGAUGGUAAAUACAUACGACAACCAAGAAAAGAUACUAUUAAGGUACCAGAAGGAGGUUGUGUGAUAUUACGUUUUUAUACUAAUAAUCCAGGAUGGUGGCUGUUCCAUUGUCAUUUCUUAUGGCAUACAGUAUCUGGUAUGGAUGUAGUUAUUCAUGUAGGUGAUGAUCAAGAUAUGCCACCAGUACCAAAUGGAUUCCCAGUAUGUGGUAAUUUCAAACCAUCUGUAUAUAUUUAAAAUAUAUAACUAAAAUAUAUCAUAUAUAUAUGUAUAUACGUGUAUAUAUAAGCCAAAUGUUACAUGAUUCAACUACUAUGAUCGAUGAGAAAAUAUGAUUAUUGUUAUAAAUUUAUUGUUAUCGUUGUUAUCGUUGUAUUGUUAAUUGUUGUUUAUACAACUUGAUUUUAUUUCUUGUAUAAUUAUAUUGUCAUUGUUAAUAUUA